UAUUGAACUCCUAACAUUACAUUAGACUAAUCUAUUACUUAAUAGAAGCAAUAAUGUUAAUAUUAGUAACAUGAAGACAUUCUCCAUUGCAUAAGCUUAUAUCAAACCAGAAUCCACUGACAGUUAACAGCCUAAUAUUAGUAAAGAAUAAAUACUCUAUUAUUUAUACCAUUAAUCCAACACAGGUAUGCUCUAAGGAAAGAUUACAAAAAGUAUAAGGAACUCGGGAAAUCUUACCCCACCUGUUUACCAAAAACAUCACCUCUGCCAUCACCAGUAUCAGAGGCACCGCCUUCCCAGUGACAUAUGUUCAACAGCUGCGGUAUCCUGACAUUGUAAAGGUAGCAUAAUCACUUGUUCCCUAAAUAGGGACUUGUAUGAAUGGCCACGCAAGGGUUCAGCUGUCUCUUACUUUCAGUCAGUGAAAUUGACCUAUCCAUGAAGAGGCAGUAUAAACAAAUAAGAUGAGAAGACUCUAUAGAGCUUUAAUUCAUUAAUGCAAAUAGAAACUCAAAAAAAGCCUACAGGCCCUAGCCUACUAUCUUUGCAUUAAAAAUUUUGGUUGGGGUGCCCGGUGUGGUGGCUCACGCCUGUAAUCCCAGCACUUUGGGAGGCUGAGACGGGCAGAUCACGAGGUCAGGAGAUCGAGACCAUCCCGGCCAACAUGGUGAAAUCCAGUCUCUACUAAAAAUACAAAAAUUAGCUGGGUGUGGUGGUAUGCGCCUGUAAUCCCAGCUACUCAGGAGACUGAGGCAGGAGAAUGGCUUUAACCCAGGAGGUGGAGACAGCAGUGAGCCAAGAUCGUGCCACUGCACUCCAGCCUGGCAACAGAGCCAGACUCUGUCUUAAAAAAUAAAUAAAUAAAAAAUAAAAAAAUAAAAAUUUUCUUUUAUUUCAGAGCAUAAUUCAACCUCCAAACUACCUAAACUAAGACCGCACUAGUCUAAGCAAGUUAACACACACUGACCCAAUAAUUUGAUCAACAGAAUAAGUUAUCCUAGGGAUAACGGCACAAUCCUAUUCUAGGGUCCGUAUCAACAAUGGGUUUACAGCUUCAAUGCUGGAUCAGGACAUCCUAAUGGCGUAGCCGCUAUUAAGGGUUCGUUUUUUCAACUAUUAAAGUCCCAUGUGAUCUCAGUUCAGAUCGGAGUAAUCCAGGUCGGUUUCUAACUAUUUAACAUUUCUCCUAGUACAAAAGGACAAGAGAAACAGGGCCCAUUUCACAAAGC